GCUGGCAACGGCGUCGCUGGAACUCGGGGAGAAGACAAAUCACCACGGCAUUAACUGCAUUCUUUGCCUUCCUUGCAGCGAGCGGAGGUCAGGAUUUGCAGAUGGUCUCAACGAAGUGAACUUCUGGUCCGACUGCCGCCGCUGCUGCUGGAAUGUAGGUGGGUGGCACAGUUGCCGUUAUCUGGACUCGCUCGCGCUCUCCUGACGUCUGUGCUGGCCUGUGCGCGCUGGGCGGGGCUUGGGGAAGCAAGCGGUGACACGUCAGAGACUAGAGAGGGGACAGAAAGCGGUCUGUGUUGUGAACUGCUGCUGUGCUUGUGCUGGCCUCCUAUCGCUCCAACAGAAAUCCCGCUCCAUGGAAGAAUUCGGGGAGGGGGCGUCAGAAGCAGCACCAGCAGCAGAGUCUGUAGUGUCCGUAGUCGUAGCUCACCUCUAAAAGCAUCCUCAGUCUCAUCAUCACAACGCAGCCCGUCGCCACGGACCAACGAGCGCAUUUAUAACGAGGAAAAAAAACAGCACAACGCAGCUGAUUGAAACCAAGCGCUCGCAUUGCAUUGAACUGCAGGAUCACGGCUACCAUAGGACAGAACGGGAUUGUCUGAAGCCAAGCGCUUGCAGUUCAUUGCAGGCUGGCGGCUUGCUACCAGACCAGGAUGAGAUUUUCGAUGCUGCUGUCUCUCAUGAGGCCGAUCGGGCCCGUCAUCGUGGGCAUCUCGCUCGGCUUCACCCUGAGCCUGCUCAGCGUCACCUGGGUGGACGAGUCGUGUGACUCGGAAGGGCUGGCUGUAUUGGACUCCGUGGUCUCCGCGGACGACAUCUUGGUGGGUCACCACCAGCCGGGGAGCUUGAAGGGAGCCCGCAAACCCAACUCCAUAUCCAGCAGCAGCACCACCGAGAACGGAGAGGGGCCCGUGGGAGACGGGGAGGGGGAGGAGGAGGGCGACUUCGAGCCCAGAAUAGUGCCCUACACCAAGCCAGCCCAGUCCGGCCAGCCCAAGAAAGUUUUCAGGGCGAAGUAUGCCAGUACGGAGCUGGGUAUCCGCGAGCGCCUCUUCGUGGGCGUGUUGACCUCCAAGUCUACUCUGGGCUCGCUGGGCGUGGCCGUGAACCGCACGUUGGCGCACCACCUGGACGGGCACCUGGCCUUCUUCUCCGGCGCACGCGGGCGCAAGGUGCCCCACGGAAUGCUGGUGGUUGCCCAUGGCGAUGAGCGGCCCGUGGUCGCCAUGUUCCAGACCAUCAGCUUCCUGCUGGAACACCACGCGGAGGGUUACGAUUGGUUCUUCCUGGUGCAGGACGAUGUGUACGUGCAGCCUGAUAGGCUGAAAGGUCUGGUGGCACACCUGAGCAUGGGCCGGGAGCUCUACAUGGGCGUUCCGGAGGAGUUUAUCGGUGCGGAUCCGGGCCAGAUGCGGUUCUGCAGCGGCAAGGGAGGCUACCUGCUGUCUCGCGCCCUGCUGCUCAGGCUCAAACCCUUCCUGGACCACUGCAGAAACGACAUCGUCAGCGUCCGGCCCGACGAGUGGCUGGGCAGGUGCAUUAAUGACUACACUAACGUCAACUGCGUGGACGAGGUGGAGGGUCUGCAGUUUGGCCAUUUUGUGUUGGAGGGGGGCGUGGACCUGAGUCUGGAGGAGGGCGGGGCUACCAUGAGAGAGGCCCUAUCAGUGCACCCCGUCACCAAGCCGGACGUCAUGUACCGCCUCCAUAAACACUUCACCGAGCUGGAGCUGCAGAGGACCUACGAGGAGAUAGAGAAGUUACAGGCGGAGAUCAAGAACGUGAGCGAGGUGGCAGUGGACGGUAACCGUAGCGCCCUGUGGCCCGUGGGCGUGCCUCCGCCGUUCGAGCCCAAGACGCGUUUCGAGGUGUUGCGCUGGGACUACUUUACGGAGGACCAGCUGUACGCCUGCGGAGACGGAUCCCCCAAGUGCCCACUAGAGGGGGCCGAUCGCCUGGACGUGCAGGACAUCGUGCAGACGGCGGUGGCUGAGCUGAACAGGAAGUACGCGCCCACGCUCACGCUCACCAAGCGACGCCUCGUCAACGGGUACCGCCGCUUCGACCCCACCAGAGGCAUGGAGUACACACUGGAUCUGGCGCUGGAGGCCAAAACUGAGGCGGGACACACUGGACCACUCGCCUGCAGGGUCCACUUAGUUCGUCCCCUGAGCCAGGUGGAGAUCAUCCCGAUGCCGUACGUGACGGAGGCUACGCGUGUCCACGUGCUGCUGCCGCUGGUGAGUUCGGAGCGCGACGCCGCUCUGCACUUCCUGGACCUGUACGCCUCCAACCUGUUCGAGACGGCGGAGAACGCCGUGCUGACUUUCCUCUUCAUCUACGACCCCCUGGAGGCACAGAGGGUCGGCCAGCAGGACGUCUUCGCAGAGGUCAAGGCCAAGGUCGCGCAGCACGAGCGCAAGUACCCCAGCGUCAAGGUGCCCUGGAUCAGCGUCAAGACGGAGAGUCCUGCGUUGCUGCGUGUGUUGGACAUCGUAUCCAGGAAGCACCCGGUGGACACGCUCUUCUUCCUGGCCACGCCCGACACCGCCGUCACCACCGAGUUCCUCAACAGGUGCCGCAUGAACGCCAUCAGCGGUUGGCAGGCCUAUUUCCCCAUGCACUUCCAGGAGUAUGACCCGCGUGUGGCCUAUCAUGACCAGCCGCCGCCCGCCUCCCCAGACCUGGUGCGAGAGGCGGGACACUUCGACCGACACGCCUUCGACGAGGCCUGCUACUACAACUCAGAUUACAUGGCGGCCCGGACACACAUGUCAGCAGACACACAGGAGAACAGGGAUCCUGACGAUCUUCUAGAGUCCCUGGAUGUGUACGACGUCUUCGUGCGCUACUCUGGCCUUCACGUGUUCCGAGCGAUAGAACCCGCGCUGCACCAACGCUACCGGAACCGGACCUGUAACCCGCGGCUCAGCGAGGAGUCGUUCCACCGCUGCGUCCAGAGCAGCCUGGAGGGCAUUGGGUCGCGAUCCCAACUCGCCAUGAUGCUCUUCGAACAGGAGGCAGGAAAUAGCACCUGAGGGGGAAGGGGUCGUCCUUCGCUGUGCCUGCCCAGAAAUAUUUAUAACCAGAGCUCUAAAUGAACUUUUUUCACCACCAGCCAAAAUGGCGAGUAGAUAGUAAUCAUACUGGCCAAACUCAUUCAUGUGUAGAAGUGGCUAGUAAGCUUUCUUCUCUACCAGCCAAACCGAAAUGUCACCAGCAUUUGGCUGGUGUGCGGGUGACAAUUUAGAGCCCUUUUUAUGGCAAAAUAAUAUAAAAAAAACAUUUUGUUCUGAACAUGCCCCCGUGCCCCACUGUGACUCCAUGCUACAGUGGUGGGACCUGUUGCCUGAACUGAUGGAGCGAGAUGGAAGCAAUGAACCAACGAACGAACAAAUGAACGAUCGUGGCCAAUGGCCAUAGUCACUUGUGUCAAUGUGUAAAGACUAACCGGACAAAUAGACCAGCUGCGACGCAAUUGAAGCGACAGAGAAUCGCUUCUGUGCAGCAAGAGCGAUACGAGCGAUUGAAGUGACUAGUGUAUGUCCAGGCAAAGCAUUCAAACAUUCCCAUUGGCUGUGGUCACUGACCUCUAUACAGUCAUUGGUUGUCGAGGCUAGUCGCUGAACCGCGUCAUAGAAAGUUGAAAGGAUUCUCGUCGCUCUCAUCGCUUUUGUCGCGCGACUUAAUACAAAGUCAAUUACUUCCGUCGCUCGCCUCGCUCUU